CACGACUUUCAACUUUCCCUAUCGGGGCCUAAAACCUCCCUCCUCCAGCAUCCUCCGUGUCCCGUGUCCCGUGCCCCGUGGCCCCGACACCAACAUCAACAACCACCACCCCCCCCGUCUUUGAAGCGAGCAAUUGGUCGAAAAAGCCACCGUAAUCGAUAUUUUUUUUUUAAAUCGGAAAGAACAAGAAAAGCAAAGCAAAGGAAAUCUGCCGUCUGGCCAUGACAGAUGCUGGUGCCGGCGUCGGUGCCAGCUCUCUGAUCGCUGGCACAGACAUGACCGCCACCGGCGAAUUCAGCGAAUUCUUCGACUACGACAACGCCAAUGUCCUUUCUGCAGCCGCCUCUCCGGCCAGAACUAGAACUAGAACCAGAGAUCCUCUCCAUACCACUCUUGGCCUCGAUUUUGGUUUAUCCAACGACCAGGAUUUGGAGUCAUUCAACUCGAUUCCUCCAAAGGUCUCCUCCCAAUACCCCCCCAAGGCCACCCCGACGGACAAUCGGGCUGCGGAAUCCCCCGACUCGGCUCAUGACGAUUCGUUCCGCGAUUCCUCCUCCGAUUCUUGUUUCUCUAAGCGAACGGGAAGUUCGUCCUCCGAAAAAACCACCUUCAGUGCCGGCGACGUUACCAUGGCGGAUGGCCCAGACACCACGAACCAGGAGUGGGACAUUUCGGACGACUCUCCCGACUUCCAGCCCUCCGGCUGCAAUGCCACUUUUCUCUUCGGCUCUGCUGACAUGUCGUCGUCUUUAACGUCCGCCGCCCCUGGCGUACUUUGCGGAGGCGACGCAGAUCACAGGCAGAUCACCGAUGAUUCCUUUAUGAACGAAUCCUUUGAUUUCGAGAGUGCUUCUAGCAGCCCUCAGGCCAUCAACCAUAUCCCGCCUCCCUCUCACGCGCUGUCACCGCCGAACGCCUCCUCCGAUGCCAUCCAGGCGAACAUGACCCCGAGCAGGGUCGAAGAUCUAGCGCGUAGUAGACAUUCACAUCAAUUCCCUCAAACCAUGAACGCCUUCCAUAUGUCGGCCUCGCGCGAAACAUCUCCCUUCUCACAACCUCUACCCCACCAUCCAGCGCCGUUCUCAACCUUCUUCAACAACUCGCCCUCUCCAACUAACGUCGCCGACGUACAACAACAACAACAACAAGGCAUGGCUGCGCCCAUAAAACCCGGCGCUUUCUGGCCGUCAGCCGUCGAUAUGCCCGAUAUCAACCACGGUUACGCCAUGAUCCCCCCCUACUUCUCUCACAUGAUGCACCAUGCGGCUUUCUUCGGCCAGCCGCCGUACAGCAAUUUCUCAUUCCAGGGCCAGCUGUUUAUCCACGAGACCCCCCCCAAGUCCCGCGUCGAGACGCAAAUCCCGAUUAAGAUGACUCUCUUGGGCGCCCCGCCCACCAUCAAACGGUUGCAUCUCCCCACUCAUACCAUUUCGAAGCCCAAGCUCCUCGCCAAGCCCCCGGCCGAGCGGUCCCCAGACACCCUGGAGCUCUACGUCCAGCUGGUUUGUACUACCGCCAUGCAAAACGAGAACAACAAGCGCCGAGCGCUCCAGAGGGCUGCUGAGGCUUCUCACCCUCCGAUCCAAGGACCACCUGCCGACGUGGACAUGGAGGAGAACAAGACGGCAAACGGCGGUGAGGUCCGCAUCUGCAAAGGGUGCAUUAUGCGCGAGCGUAAGCGGGCUGGCAGGAAGAAGAUCAAGAAACUCGAAGAGGAAGAAAUGUGGAAGAAAGACGAGAACAGGAGGGUGAUCGUCUUCAACACCAAAGAAAUCAAGGAUUGGCAACCUUGCACAGGUGCGGGUCGUGCCGGGGCCUUGCAAGUUGAUGCGCCCAUGCGAAUCGCCUGCUACUGCCGGCACCAGUCCGAGAAGAUGGGCUUCCAGGUCAUCUUCACCAUCAAAGAUUGGCACGACCGCGUCGUCGCCCAGGCCGUGUCCCCGUCCAUCAUGAUCACCGACGACCACAAGACACAUCCAGCGUUGCAUAUGCUGCCGGCGCCCGCUCCGGAGACCUCCAUGCCCACGACGAGUCCUCCUGCUGACAACACUUCUUCUUCUUCUUCUUCUUCGUCUUCUUCUCUCUCCGCCAACACCACCGUUGCCCCUCCGCCGCCUCCUUCGCUCCAUCAGGCUCCUUCGCCAGGGCAUGUAUCCACCUCGACUACCCCAGCCAAGGGUUCUCCUGCGCCGACCACCCCUCAGACCGCAGCGUGCUCUCGUCCGGCAUCUCCCUCGUCCGCCCCGGGACCGGCCUCGAAGAAGCGCAAGGCGAGCGGGUGUAGACUGCCCAUGGAGAUGACGAUGACUCGGUUAGACACAUCGGCGGCGGCUGAUGGUGCGCACCCACCCGCGGCGGCGGCCGCCGCCCAAACGGUCGUCAGUGCUUCGGCUGCGAUGUCUCCGUUCUCCACUGGUCUCACUCUGCCUCCCGCCGACGGUUUCUUUGGGCAGAACUCACCGACAGGGACAGGGACGCCAGGCGGCUCCCGAGCGUUAUCUGUCGGCCCGACAUCGCCUGGCAACGCCAACACAGCUAAUGGACAGGAUCCCGAGCUGUACAACGCCGGUCGCCCUGUUAGCUUGGACAGCCUGGCCGCGCACACCUUCUCUGCCCCGGCGUCGACCCAGCAUAGUCGAGCCCCUAGCCCUAGCAUGAUCCGGCAGAGCCCCGGCACUCUCCCACAACAAGCCCCGCUUCCCCAAGGCCCGGUGACCAGCUUGCCCUUUUUCGCCAACGGGGUUCACGCGGCCAACGGAGUCCAUGGGGUCAACGGGGUCGGCGGAAUUCACGGCGUCAACGGAAUUAACGGCGUCAACGGAGCAAACGCAGCAACUCCACCAAGACCGCCUCCGACGAUUCAUAAGAUCAUCCCGAACCGCGGUCCAAAGCUGGGUGGGAUCGAGGUGACUAUUCUGGGAGCGAAUUUCUUCCAGGGGCUGGAUGUGUAUUUUGGCGAUCAGCGGGCAACUACGACGACUUUCUGGGGGGAAUCGUCUCUCGUCUGCCUGCUCCCUCCUCGAGCGAUGGCGGGCCUGGUCCCCGUCACCCUCAGACAGCCGCAGGGACAAUCCCAGCCGUUUACACACAUCCCACCGCAUAUGUUCGAGUACAUUGACGAUGAGGAAGCCGUGACCAUGAAGCUUCUGAUCAGUGCCAUCUCCCACAAGAUGACGGGUCAGUACCUCGGCGUGAGGGACCUCGCACAGAGAAUCAUAGGAUCAGACCCGGAUGCAUGGGCUAGUUUCACCGCCGGUUCGGGUUCUGGAUCGGGGUCUGGCGGCAACAACUUCGGCCUGGACACGGAGCCCCAACUCAUGAAAUGCUUGGAGCUCAUCGACCUGGACGACAGCCCUAGGGUGGCGCGGCUCGACCUGAGGACACACACGGGCCAGACAUUGCUUCAUCUCGGCUGCUCGCUCGGCUAUCAUCGAUUCGUGGCCGGCCUGCUGGCCCGGGGAGCCGACCCGGACUUGCGCGACAGGGGCGGAUAUACGCCGAUGCACAUGGCCGCGAUUAGCGGUCACGAGGUCAUUGUGCGCCGGCUCAUACAAGCCGGUGCCGAUCCGACGAUCCGGAGUCUGUCCGGCGACCUCCCAGCAGACGUGGCUCGUUCACAGGAGGUCAUGGAGCAUAUCCGGCGGUGCGAGCGUCACGUCCGAUCUCAGAGCCGGUCGUCACUGCGCUCAUUGCACAGCAGGGCGAACAGCGCCGUCUCCUUGCGGUCACUGUGGGACGCUGACGGCAUGUCGGGCAAGUCGGACGAUGGUGCCGGGGAUAGUGAGGAGAGUCCCGAAUACUCGAGCGGGGACUUUGAGGACGAGGACGAGUGGCUCGACGUGCAAGGAAGACGCUUGAACGCGGUCGAGAGGCAGCAUAGCCCCGCCGAGGUGCAAGAAGCAGAGCCACAGACCGUGCCCGGCUCGCCCAGGACGGCGCUGGCAGCGUCGGUCCGGGACCAGUUCGCAGCGCAGUUGCAGCAGCUCCAGCAAAGCAUGGCGGCGAUGCAUCUCCCCAACCUCUCGCAGAUGCCCAACCUGCCAAACUUGCCGCAGAUGCCCGCUCUCCCCAGGAUGCCCAUGCUUCCGGACUACCACGCGUACCUGCAGCAACACCCUCUCAUGGGGCGGAUGACUUCGUUGAUGCCGGGCAUGUUGGGACCACGACCCGGUUCAGCAGGAGAGGGAGACGACGCCUCCAGGCCGAUGGACUUUAAGUGGUGGGAUCUAUCCGCCAUGCUGCUCAAUAGCAUUAGCAUUAGCAGCAGCAGCAGUAGCAAAGCCGCCGACGGCACGGUCCCGCCUCCUGCCUACUCGGAGAUCUUCCCGCGAGACGUCGUGGAUAAGAAGCAGGCCUCUGCCGCGCAAGCCGCUGCCGAAGCCGAGGCCGAUAACAAAUGCGCCAGGCUGUACGACUCGGAGACGGCCGAGGGCACGGUGGCAGAGGCGGAGGCGGAGGCGGAGGCCGGGGAGUCGUCAACCAGCCAGCUUUCCCUUCCCAAGGCGCUCAGGAUUGGGAGGAAGAAGGCCAUCACGAAAGAGCAGCAGCAGGACUUCCUCAGGAUGCACGCAGUGAAGUUUAAGGGUGUGCGGAGUGAUAAGAACCUCUGGUUCAUCUGGAUCCCUCUGCUUACCUGCAUCCUCGCUGCUAUGCUGUACAUCCGUUUCCCGCAGGCUUAUGCGGGGGCCUGGUCGAUGAUCCGGUCUGUACUGCCUGCUAACGAAGUUCCCACGGUUGUGAGGAACUUCCCGGAUGGUGUCGUCGAGGUGUUGUGAGACGGAGGGAGCGAGCGGAUGGAUUUGCCCUUUUGCAUGACAUUGGAACAAUCUCAUGACUUUUACCACCACCCCUUUACGCAUUUUCAUUUAUCUUCUUCCAAUCCGGCGGGAAGCUGGCGUUUCGCUCGGUUGCCAUCACAUUUCUAUCAUCCUUAAAUCGGAAGGGAGAGGCGGUUUCUCUCUCCCACUGUUUCCGGAGCUGCGGUGGUUGCACCAACAGUCGCCGUGGUGGUUAUAAUUUUGUCCCAUUUAACGUCAUUUGUCUACUAUUCUAUAUUCAUGUCAGUUAAUGGUAUUCGAGAAGGCAUGGAGCAACGCGGGUUUUGAAGGCAACACGUAAGGCGAUAUCAGGUAUGGCUCUUUUUUCCCCUUUUUUCCUUUUUUUUCCUUUUUUUUUUUUUUUUUUUUU